AUGGGGACGUACGUUGGCAGUUCGGGAUGUUGUUGGGUAGUCUUGUGCGGAGUUGCGGUAUUUCUCUCCGGGAUAUGUCUUGAGGGAGUAGAGGGAGGUUGUGCUGAGAGAUUGUCCCCCAAAUGCUGCAAUGGGCGCAACAACGAGUGUUUCGAGUACACCAAAAGAAAGACUGUAUGUUAUUGUGAUACAUACUGUGAGAAAACAAGGGACUGCUGUGAGGAUUACCAGAGAGUAUGUCAAGUAUCAGCAAUAGACUGUGUAGUGGGAGAGUGGGGUCCAUGGUCAUCAUGUUCGUCUGUGUGUGGAGUGGGUACCACAGAACGAAGCCGCCUGGUAGCCAGACCGCCCCGUAACGGGGGCACACCCUGUCCGGACCUCAAACAGCGCCGAGGCUGCCUGGCACACACUGACCUCUGCAGCGCCGCUAAAGAGGUGGCUAAAAUCCUUCCAGAUUCGUUCAAGCGUAACUUUAAGGACCCGUGGAGAAGGCCACACAUGCUCAUGAGGGAGGAGAAGAAAAGUUACUGUGUGUACAUGAGGCUGAAGCAGGUGAGUCCGGUGUGUAAGAUGAGGCUGUGGAGUGCCCAGCUGGUCCAUGAACGAUCUGUGUGUGUGGAGUGUCAGAGCGACGCCAUGACAACGGAUAACCGCUGUCUUGGAGAUGGCCUUCAGAGUAUCAAAACCUUCUGGACAGCCGCAUCAGCACCCGGUUGCUAUGGCUCCUGGGUGAGGGAGUCGUCCAAUGAAAACUGCCACUGUCCUCGGUACUCUUUGUUGUUUGUCUGA